CCAAUCGUCCCUUGGCCUGUAUGUCCCCCAAAGACCCGAGAACCAAUGAACUGGGGACCCGAGGGAGGGACAGGCACCCAGCCGAACUGAUGAGAAGUGGAUAUUCACUGGGGAUUCUCUCCGCUCUGCAAGCUGCUGCAUGCCCGGGUCACUUGUAGUCCUCGCGACCAGUUGACACUCCAGGCGUUCUGAUUCGGUUAGGGUCCCUUUGAUCGUUGUCGAAAUGGUGAUCAAAGUGUUUGUAGCAACGUCCUCGGGGUCCACAGCGAUUAAGAAGAAACAGCAAGAAGUAGUGGGCUUUUUAGAGGCCAACAAGAUUGACUUUAAGGAACUGGACAUAGCCGGCGAUGAAGAUAACCGGAAAUGGAUGAGAGAGAAUGUUCCAGGUGAAAAGAAGCCACAAAAUGGAAUCCCUCUCCCUCCACAGAUAUUCAAUGAAGAACAGUAUUGUGGGGAUUUUGACUCCUUUUUCUCUGCGAAAGAAGAAAAUAUUAUUUAUUCAUUCCUAGGCCUUGCUCCUCCACCAGGCUCAAUGGAGGAGAGGAUUACUGAGGAGAUCCCGACUGUGCCAAAUGGCGAAGUUUCAGGAGAAGAGCCCAAAAAUACAGAAGAGACUGAAACGUCUGAAGUUACUGAAGAGAAUGAAGUACCCACAGAAGACAAUGCAGAAGCAGAUGCGGAGUCUGCUGAAGUGCCGACAGAAGAACAACAGGAAGAUGGCGAAGAGCAGGCGGUGACAGAAGAGGUAGAAGAAGCACAGGAGGAAGAAGGAGGAGAGGAAGAGGAGGAGGAGGAGGAAGAAGGAGGAGAGGAAGAGGAGGAGUCUUAGUACAUUUGUAUAAAUUUUCUUUCAAAAGAUUGUUCAGGAAGCAGAAGCCCAUGGCAGUCACCACAGUGUGAAGAUGAUAAAAACGAUCACUUUCCCUCCAUGAAAACAUCAUUGCCUGUUCUCUCUGGCUCUGGAUAGCAGCAUAGAUGUAACCCAAGACAACAAGCAGACCCACAUGCAAUCUUUAUAUAUACAGUAUGUUUGUUUGUGUGUGUGGUAUACUGGCUUUGUGUCACAGGAAUUUUCUGAGCCUCAGAUCUUGACGACCAACAAGCACAGUGGGCCUGAAAUUUAGGAAAUAUGUUCCUAUGGGCAGGGAUUGUUUCAGUCUCCAUGUUUAUGCACGGCCAGGCACAUACCACUGGCAACACAUAAAAAAUAACGGCAAGGCCAUUCAGAACUGGAAAUGCCAAAGAAGCUCCUUGUAUACGUGCCACAACCUGCUUAUCUCUAAACUAGGCUUUGAAGUGGGUGUUAUUUUUAAUGUACAGCUAUUGAAAUAAACACAUUUCAUGCCAA